AUGCUCUUUCAGAAUAAUUUCAAGACGAGAGAGGAACUUUUCAGAGCAGUCGAAAAUGCUGAUAUCAGAAAAAUCAGAGAACUUAUCCGAACUGGCGUCGAUGUUAAAGCCACUGAUAAGAAAGGCAGAAACAUUAUCAUGACUUCUAUGAAGCUAAAGAAAAAGUCAGAAUUUCAAAGGGAGUUGUUCCGCGAAAUACGAAGAAUCGACCGCGGAUUCUACACUCUGCCCGUGUUGGUGGAGAUGGUUACGCUCAAAGAUAUCGAUGGGAGAACUGCGCUCCAUCAUGCUGUUCUUGAGAGGAACUUGGCGGCAAUAACGAUGUUAGCUUCAAAAGGCAUCGAGCUGGAUGAGAAAGAUGAAAACGGCGAUACCGCGCUUCAUUUGGCUGUUGCUGAGCCAGAGAAUUUGUACAUUGUCAAGACUCUUCUUGAAUUGGGAGCAGCUAGGCAUCUGAAGAACGAUUCAAGUCUCACUCCGCAGAAUAUUGCUGAAAUCAAUUCGCAGACAGAGAAAUCAGAAGAAGCGCGCAAGAAAUACGCUGCAAUCGUCAAGGCAUUUCGACAAAAGAAAUUCGCAAAAGUAGCAAACGCUCAAACAGCAAUGACAAAAAGCACGGAAAUGGGCGAUCUUGGAGCCAGGGAUCCGAGAUUUUGUCGGGGAAACAUCACGAUGAUGAACUACAAGAACGAAAAUGUUAUCCACAAGGCAGCCUGGUUCGGCCGUUUGAAUAUCUUCACAUCGAUUCUGGAAGGGCCGCAAAAUGCACAGCACUUGCCAGGAUUGGUAAAUGCACGUGAUAGCGCAGGGUGCACGCCACUGCACAACGCUGUCAUCAGAAACCAUUACGACAUGGUGGAUGCCUUGAUGGAGAAUGGCGCGGAUCCAAACAUCCAGGACAACAUGGGAAUGACUCCAAUCAUGGAAGCGGCUUUCUGGGACAAAGUCGAUCUCCUCGAGCUACUACUUACUCGAAAGCCGAAGCUCUCCUUCAAAGACAAGCACGGCCGAGACGUUUACGAAAUCGCGCGACGGCGACGAGCUCGGCGCUGUUUUGUCGCUCUGCGAUCUCGAAAUUAG